UGUUGUCCAUUACUGCUGCUGCCUCAACAAUUGCCGCCUUUAAUCGGCCGCUGCCGUUGGAUGCGUAAAAGUCAACUUCUUCUUUACACCUUAUUAAAAUCAACAAAUAAAACAACAAAAAUCUCUAAACAAAAACAACAAUUUAAUAUUUUAUUUUAUAUAUUUUUUUGGUUAUUAAUUGAAAAUAAUAUUGUUCUGGUUGGUGCUAGAAGAGGUUCUUCAUCAUCACAAAGUCGAGCACUUUCAGAUUUUAAUAUGGGCAAUAACGGGAUUGAUAGCUUCUCUGAACAACGUUAUUGCUUCUCUUGUAUGUCUAAAGAAUUUGAAGCUCAUUGGUCUUAUCUGAGUCAGAUUUAUUAUCGUCCAAUGAACUUUACAGAUGAUUGUCAUGCCAUUACAUCUGGAACAGAACCUAUUGGCAGAACUCCAUGUACUCAUUCUAUUUGUGUUACUGUUAUUGAACCGAGAAUGUUGGCUGGCCAAUAUAUUGGUAAUAAUGUAAUUCGUGGUUGUUUUUCUUCAGUUUUCAAGUAUGGAGAAUUGUCUACUGAAAAUCUUGUUGAUACUUCUUGUUCUACCUUUCCAAUGCGAGCACUUUUACCUAGACAUAUGGCCCUUAAAUCAAGCAAUAGAACUGUGGAAUUGUGCCGAUGCAUUGGAAAUUUGUGUAAUGAUUACCCUCGUUCUCCACAAACAAAUUCAACAGAAACAACCACCAAAAAUUGGCCUUUCAUCAACAGAAUUAUUUUUACAACAUUUUUGUUUUUAUUAAUAUUAUUUAUACAAUAA